GCGCUUCACAGUCACAUUAGGAUACCAAUAUCGGUCUAAACACACAUAGGAGCACAUUCUUAAUAUGCUUUAUCAUUGAAAGUAUUGUAGUCUGAUAGCCAGAGAAAGUGUCUCUUCCUGGUUUCUCAUGGCCCUGAAGCUGAGACGAAGGCGGGAGCUGAGCACACUGCAGACGGAGGAGAGCAGAGCUCGCUGCAGACUCACUGUUAUCACUGUGUGCUGUGUAACAGUCAUUCUGACAACCUUGAUAGUGGGCUUGUACUUUACGGUUAAGAUUGUGAAUGCCAAGUUUUUCUACUGCUCUGGAUCUUUGAGGUUUAUUUCAAUAGAGAAGGCAUGUGAUGGAAAAGCUGACUGUGCUGGUGGUGAGGACGAGCUCAACUGUGUAUCCAAACUGCGAACAAAUGGCACGUUUCCAGUGAAGUUGGUAGGGGACAGGUUGGUCCUGCAGGUGUUCAUUAAUGAGGGAGGAUGGAGAACAGUGUGUGCUGACAAUUGGAGGACAAAGCAUACGCGGUUAACCUGUCAACAACUGGGCUUUACUCUGAGUCCACGAAGUGCUCGGGUCCCGGUGAAGGCUUUAUCAAUUCCAAGCCUUCUGAACGCAUAUGCUACAGUUGGCACGGAUUCAAUAAACACUGACAUCCAGAGUUUUCUUACUGCUAGUGAUAAAUGUGUCUCUGGGUCAGUGGUGUCUUUGUCGUGUUCAGACUGUGGGGAGGUAGUGGCAGAGGACCGCAUUGUUGGUGGGGUGGACACAGAAAUAGACCAAUGGCCGUGGCAGGUCAGUCUUCAGUGGAACCAUAAGCAUAUGUGUGGAGGAGCGUUGCUGUCCACAAUCUGGAUUGUAUCAGCAGCUCAUUGUUUCACAGGGCGGACAAGAGAGUUGAGUCGAUGGACGGUGGUAAUGGGUCAGACCGAAUUGGAGAAUGCCAAGGGCGUCACUGUAGAACACAUUGUUGUCCACAAGGACUAUAGCCGCCUAACCAAUGACUUUGACAUCGCCAUGCUAAAACUCACCUGGGCUGUCACGCUCAAGGAAUCAAUUUGGCCAGUUUGUUUACCUCCACACCAGCUGUCUGUGAAGGAUAUGCUUGUGGUGACUGGGUGGGGCUUGCUAAAGGAGAAGGGUCAGGUGCCCUCAGUACUACAGAAAGCUUCAGUGCCACUGAUUGACAAAUCAGAAUGUUCCCAGCCCUCGGUUUAUGAUUCUGCCAUUACUCCCAGAAUGCUUUGUGCUGGAUUUCUCGAAGGGACUAUAGAUUCAUGUCAGGGAGAUAGUGGGGGUCCACUUGUGUACCUUUCAUCCCGUUGGCAAUUAUUGGGCAUAGUGAGUUGGGGAGUGGGUUGUGCGCGUGAGGGAAAACCUGGAGUUUACACUGAUGUUAGUCAACUUUUGGACUGGAUCUACACUGUAAUGGAGAGACAUCUGUGAAAAUCCACACCCUGGUCACAUCACUGUGGUUUUGAGACAUGAAGGAUAAAGUCCCUGAAUCCUCAGCGGUCUUGAAUUAGGAACAGUAAACCUCUAUCAAUUUUUAAAAUCGAUGUUGCUGUUCUAUAUUUGACAUUCAUCAAAAUGUUUUGCUUUUAAUCAUGUUUGUUUCAUGUUAUACUAUCACAGUUUCCCUGUAUGUUCUAUGUCAGUCUUUCGAAGCCAUGAAAUGUUUUAAUUGCUAUUUUUUCAAAACAUAAAUGUAAAUAAAAAUAAGAGACAUUUAUUUGAUUCAUGUACCAGUUCAGCAAACAUUGUUUUAUUUCAAAAAAUGUUUUAUUAGCUGCUUGUUAUAAAGAAUUAUAAUACACAUGAAUGUGCAAACCCAUGGGGAAUAACCGGCCUGCACACUAAGGAAAUACUGGAAACAAGGAUUCAGGAUUACGGGCUGAGUGGAUCAUCUAUGCUACAGCUUGUUUUACAUUCAGUUUGGUUGGGGACUGAUGUCAAACAAUGUCUACUGUCUGUGGUUAACUGACACUGUCUACACCGGAUGCGAGCAGCGUGACACGACAAUAAACCUUAAGACAUGUCGCAUUCCAUGUGGACUGCAUCACUGAUUAUAAUGGGUUCUAUUGUCUUUUGCGUUGCGCCACUCACGUAAAUGCAUUGCAAGACUAUUGGUGCAAAGUAGUUAUUUUUCAGAUAUAGCCCAGGGUGAAUUUAAAGGCCUUUAUUCCCCUUGGUCUUAAAGUACAUUAUUUACAAGACUGAACAAGUAUUCAUAAAGCAUAUAAAUGCACAUGUCCUGAUCUAUCAGUGCCACUCUACUUAAACAUUUUAUAGCUUGCAAGUAACACAUUACAUGAACAACUAACAAGUUGAAUGUUUUAUCACAGUUUGUGCAGACACUCAAUUAAUUCCGGAUUAAUCUCCGGAAAGUAGUUUUUUUUUUCAAUAAUAAAAUGGAUAUAUGGAAUCUUGAUUCAAGUUUCUGUCCAGGCUGCAAAAUUAACAAAAGAUGGCUAAACAAAAGUAAAACUUAAAGUGAUACUUCACCCAAAAAUGAACAUUCUGUCAUUUACUCACCUUCGAGUUGUUCCA